ACGAACAGCGUUGGUCAGGAAAAAAGUACAUGGCCGGUGUUUGAAUAUUCCUCAAUAGGUUGGACUUUAUUGAACAAUUUUGGGACAAAUGAUUUGCUGAAGUUGACUGGACAAUUGUGGGAUAUUAAAAAUUUAAGAUGCCGGCUGAUAUUUUGGAGAAAACGUCUCCAUCUUCUGUUGCAGCCACCCCGUCGAGCGUAAAUGGAAAUCCGGAUAAACUAAGGACUGCCUCAGAGCACAGAAAGUCUUCUAAACCAAUUAUGGAGAAGAGAAGACGUGCGCGAAUCAACGAAAGCCUUGGACAGCUCAAGACCCUCAUACUGGACGCUCUAAAGAAAGAUAGCUCCAGGCAUUCGAAGCUGGAGAAGGCGGACAUCCUUGAGAUGACUGUGAAGCACCUAAGGAAUAUGCAGCGUCUUCAAAUGACUGGUGCUAUAAGCACGGAUCCGUCAGUCCUUGGCAAGUACAGAGCGGGAUUCAGCGAGUGCAUGAGUGAAGUCACCCGUUUUCUGUCCACAUGUGAAGGGGUGAACAUGGAGGUCAUGUCCCAACUUCUCAGCCACUUAGCCGGUUGUGUGUCACAGAUCAACACCGUAAACUACUCAACUCAUCGCCAGAGCCUCACUUACCCUCCGCAUCCAGCUCAUCCAACGCUUGGCCAAGCCAUUGUGCAAAUCCCAAGUGCGUCGCCUCAGUUGAAUGUAAUCAUGCCUUGCAAAAGUGGCUCGCCAAUCAACUUCACGUCAGCAGUGGCUAAAUUAUACAGUGGACUUCAGAUUGUGUCAGCGACAGAUGGACAAUUCGCCUUUCUGAUUCCAAGCGCGGCCCUUGCGCAUAUGAGCGUGCCAAACGCCCUACAUGGCAAUCCAACAGUUGCGGUGGCGGUGUCACCUGUUGCACCUCCCAUCACUGCAGACUCCGUGUGGAGACCAUGGUAGGGUCAUUAGACUGAAGGACUUUUAUGCACCAUAACACAUUCUUUUCUAAUAUGAGUUUUUGUAUAUUUUUGUAUAGGCUGUUCAAAGCAAUAGUCAAGAGUGAUGCUUACUCACAUGUUGUUGUUCUUUGAUGGAGAAUACACUUUUCCAUGAGAUAUAUUUUCAGUGAUGUCAUGAUCAUGUUUUAUUGUUGUGAUACAACAAUUAUUCAA